UUCUCUUUCCUUCAACUCAAUAUCAGAGCUUUCUAGGGUUCUCUUUCUCUCUCCUCUUUUCUCACUCUCUCACUUAAAAUUAGGGAUUUUGACAUCAAAAGUUGUCAAUUGCACUUUCACAAAACACAAAUUCAUAUCAAAAGUUUGACUAAAAUAACCAUUGGGUUGUGAAAUUUGUAUGUUUUGCUGGGCUUAAUCGCCCUUUUAGUGUGCAAAUCGAUGAUCGUCAUUGUUCCAUGGACCCGUCUUCUCUGCAAACCACUUCCCCUAUUGAACAAGAAGAUGAAUGGGACACUGAUGGAUUUGUAAUACCAAGUUUGGGAAUAGAGAACCCUGAUCAAAUUGAAUCUGAGCCAUUUAAGGUAGAUGACUCCAAGUCUCCUCCCCUAAAGGUAAAAUUUGAGGAUAAGCUGGAAAAAAUCUAUUUGGGUCCCCACGGUGCUCCACCUCAGUCGAAGCAACAAGAACCAAACUCCUCCACCAACCGCAAACAGCGUUUUAAACAGAAGCUAAAGGAAGCUGACAGGAGGAUUGGCAGCAUAGGGCGAGAGAAUAAAGCCGAGAGCUUAAAAGAGCUUGUUGGUGUUGGUGGUAAGUUGAGUGGAAAGAUGGCAAAGGGUUCGCCUAAGGAUUGGCUUGACCCACAUUGUGAUGAGUCUUUGUUUGACCGACCAAACCGUCAGUGAUCGAAUGGUUUGCAAGCUUGAGAGAGACUACUCUUUAUACAUUUACUAAGCAUGAUGUACCUUGACUAUGAAUAUGUUUAUAAUGUUUGUGUUACAUAUUUUUGGUUA